GUGUGCCGGUUAUUCAGGACCAAUCAGUUAAACGGGAAUUAAAGAUAUUUUCUCGCUGACUGACUUUUUUUGCGUUGUAGCAAAAAUGUCAUACUGCAGAGAGGAAGGUAAAGAUCGCAUCAUCUUUGUGACCAGAGAAGACCAUGAAGCACCGAGCAACGCUGAGCUUGUAGAAGAUGACCCCAAUGACCCAUAUGAAGAUCAUGGUCUUAUUAUGCCCAACGGUGACAUUAACUGGAACUGUCCUUGCCUGGGCGGCAUGGCCAGUGGUCCGUGCGGUCAGCAGUUCAAGGACGCUUUCUCCUGUUUCCACUACAGCAAGGAGGAGGUGAAGGGCUCGGAGUGCAUCGAAUAUUUCCGCGGCAUGCAGGAGUGCAUGCAGAAAUAUCCCGAACUCUACCCUCAAGAGGACGAGAACGACAGCCCCCCCUCUGACGCGGCACCAGUCGAUGCCACUGACUCUGCUUCUGCAUCGGGCUCAGAGGAAGCAACAGCGGGCACAGAAAACCCAUCAACAAGCUAAUAUGAGAUAUUUACGGUCUAAUUCUCAGCACCUCGAACCACAGCUACGCCUCUUUACUGACUUCCAAAGAGAGGAAAAGAGGCACUUGGGUAACCUCAGAGUCAGAAGAGCAUGGACAAUGGACAUGAACAGGAACACGAGGAGAUAUCGUAUAUGAGCCACUCGUGGAUGUUGAUUUUGAUUAUUACAGAUGUGUGAUGUGAGCACUGGUAGAAGUAAAUGAGAACAAAUGAAGGACUGAGAUAAGCGAUGAUUUUUUGAUCCAACUGCUAAUUAUUUUGUCCUGUUUAUUUCAGAACCUUGUGUACAUGCGCUGUAGAGGUGCAGCAAUCAUUUUAAUUGUGACUGCAUUACAGACUAAUUAAAAUAACAUAACAUCAGUACAGGUUUUUAAAUAAGGGUAAGAGGCUUGUCAGGUGACUUUCAUUGCAGACUACACUCAGUUCUUUUGGGUGAUGCACAGCGACAUGGAUUCUCAUUGUGAGAACGCAUGCAUAAGUUGCACUGGCAGCCAAUAAUCAAUAAUAAUAAUAAGGUUCAAGGUGUGAUGCCCUGAGUUAGUUUGCUGUCAGUGCAAAUCUCAUCAAGAUGUAGUAUUUAUUGAAGAUGAAUAAAUGUAUUUUAGUGGCAUUGUUGGAUUCCUCUCACAACCAGACACUUACAAAAAAUGUGUUGGCUGCUCUAAAUGUCUCCUAGGUUUAAGUGAUUAAAUAGAUGUGUGUGGGUGUUGCACCCUGUCCAGAAUGUUUUCCUGCUUUGUGCCCAGUGUUUCCAGCUGGUUCAGAAUCAUUUAGUGGUUAGUGAAGAUAAAUGAAUAAGCAGCACUGAAUGCAGAAUGCAUGACUGUUCUAUUUAUUCUGACCUCUGAAUGAUUUUGAUUCUAGACCUUUAAUUCUGCUUUAAUUUAGUUUACUCCAGUACUCUAGUUUUGUUCUAAAUUGCUGUGUCUUCAUCAAUAUGUACGUGUGAGUUCGUAUGUGGUUUCUGAUGCAACUUCAUACUGUUUUACUGUCAUACUAAAGCCUUAAAUCUGAAAGAGUCCUCUUUUCAUCUGUGUAGAGUUACUGUGUAGUGAAAUCAACUGCGUCGUGCAUCACUGCUACAUCUGAUAGUGUGGGUGCUGCAUGGGUCCUGUAGUCCCUGAUCCUUUUCUUUUGGGCGAGAUUGACCUUCACCCUGUAUUCUGAGAACCCCAGACAAAAUUUAGUUUAUGUUUUAUUUUCUUUAAGGGUUUAAAUCGAUACCUAUAAUAAAAAUGCUCAAAUGUCAGCAAACACCACGACAGGAGGACGAAUACGUUGAUUUUUUUUAAUUCAAAUGUACAAAAAAUAAACUAUUC